GACAAUUAUAUGUCUAAUUAAAUGGAAACCUCGAUAGAUGCCUUUGAAGCGGGUAAUGUAGAAAACUCCAGUUGGAAGCGUUUUAUUUCUGCUGAGUGACGUGAGGUGAGGAAGCAGCAUGGAUAAAGUGAGGAGGAUCCUGGUUUAUGUUUGUACAGACCGAACAGCGCCUCAGCGAGCCCAGUUUGUUCAGAGUGUAACGGGGUACUUCAUGGACACUGUUGACGAUGAAGUGGAGGUGAACUGGUCUCUGGAGAAAAACCAGUUUGUCCUGUACAAAGCAGACAGAGGGCAAGGGGUCCCUCUGAAGAGGCCCUCCUUCUGUCCCAUCAAACACCUGUCAAUCACAGAGACAUCUGCAAUCCCAUUGGACAUUCAACAGCGUGGAGUAGAUGUGGGCGUGGCCAUCAUCCUGCAGACAGCUAACCAGAGAGUACUGCUGACAAGGAGGGCGAAGCAGCUUAGCAUAUUUCCCAAUGUCUGGGUUCCUCCAGGUGGACACUUGGAUCCCGAUGAGACGCUGCUGGAUGCAGGUCUCAGGGAGUUAAAGGAGGAGACUGGACUCAAGUUGGAACCAGAGGAAGUUUUUCCAAAAGUACUAGGACUGUGGGAGUCCACCUACCCUCCCAUGCUGUCCAGAGGACCUCCUCAGAGACACCACAUAGUCAUCUACAUGCUGCUGCAUUCCUCCCUCUCACACCUGGAGCUACAGCCCUCUCUGAACCCCUCUCCUGCUGAGGUCAGUGCCUGUGUGUGGGCUGACAGCCGGCUGGUCAGAGCCAUUGUCUCCGCUGUGGAUGGAGAGGACGCCGAGGUUGGACUGGAAGGCCUGCCCAGCAGCAUCAGUGUGUCACAGGUGUCAGCUGAGGGAGCUCUGAGCAAUUCCACACUGCCUCUGACGGUAUUUGUCAGCCAGGCACCAGCCAGCGGGCCAGAUGUGGAGCGAGUCAGCACCGGGACCAAGUUUGCCCUGGAGCUGUGGCUGAGGAGCUCAUCAGCUGACCUCUGACCUCAGCCCCACACCUAUCUUUGCAGGCACUACAGAGGGCUGCUCUGAAAGGGAGUAGUUUAAAUGUCGUGUUUAUUUUUAUGUACUGUACCUUUAAUCCCAGCCUCAUUUUUCAAUAAAACAGAUUUGAAACGGAAAGACUGUUAACUCUCAGGAACCGAGGCAGUUAUCUAAAAUUAUUAUUGUCAUGUAAAUAAUAAGAUUGUAUAAAUUUCUUUUGUUUCAUAGCUGUCAGAUCUUAUUUUGACAUCACAUCCAUCUCUUUUCCAUCUUAAAUAAUUAAAUUUACACUCUCUUUAAUUCCAUAACAACUGACCAAACUGCUGAUGAAGACCAUGUGAAUU